AUGAAUCCUAAUCCCCAAGAACCUACAACAACCGUACAACCUUUGAAAGCUAUAAUCCAUGGCCCUCCCGCCUCUGGCAAAUCGACGCUAGCCCAGAGACUGUGCAAACUCUAUGGCGCACAUUAUGUGACCGUUAAAACGAUGAUUGAAGAAAUUCUGGAGGAUCUGAGAGAAAGAAUAGCGAUGAAAAGACCUAAAGUAGAGAAGAUAAUAAAAGAAGAUAUGGGCGAAGAGGAGGAAGAAGAAGAGGAAGUAGAGGAAGAGGAAGAAGAAGCUAUGGGUCCAGUUGAGGAGUGGGAGGAACAAUACAGAGAUAUAACAAUAUCCCUAGAGAAAAGUGUAGACGGGCAACUUCCCGACGACUAUGUAGUGAGACUCAUGAAGACGUUCCUGGUGAACGACACUUGCCAACGCAGUGGAUAUGUCUUAGACGGAUAUCCUAAAAAUAUUCAACAGGCCAAAGAAAUAUUCGGUCAAGCUGCAGAAGUAUCCAGACCGAAUGCAGAAGGGGACGGGACCGGCUUAGCAGUUCCAGGCGAAGGAGGCGGCGAGGGAGCAGCAAGUCCCGUUCAGGAUCAAAUCGGUGAUUUGAUAGGAAAUGCCAGUAAUAAGAUCAUGCCGGAUUUUGUCUUCAGCCUCCAGGCCACAGAUGACAUGCUUUGUGAGCGCGUGAUGAGACUUCCCCAUAAAAUUAUACAGAGCAAAAAUUACGACGAAGUGAAUAUGCUAAGAAGAUUAGCAUUAUUUCGCUUGAACAAUACAGAGGAAAACACUAUGCUGAAACUGUUCGACGAUAACGGAAUACAUCCCGUCCUGCUGAACGAACUGGAUGAAGAUACCAAAGAACCAGUGGAUUUUGAGUGCAUAUGGACCACAGUAAUCACUAUACUAGGAGAACCUAUUCCUGGUUUUGGAUUAUCGCCAGAAGAAAUGACCGAAUUAAUUAGACUGGAACAAGAACAACAGAAAUUGCAGCAAGAGGAGUUCCGACUGGAAAGAAAGUUGAGAGAAGAAAGUGCAAUGCUGAACUACCAAGACAAAAUGGAAAGAUGGGCCGACACUUUGCAAAAGCUUCAAAUGGAGGAGGAAAAAAUUUUGAUUGCUCAAACUGAGCCUUUACGGAACUAUCUAAUGAAAUACAUCUUUCCGACGCUUACCAAGGCUCUGAUCGAGGUGGCCAAAAUAAAACCUGACGAUCCCGUGGAUUUCCUAGCGGAAUUUCUGUUUAAGGAGAAUCCCGAAGGCAAAAUGUUUGAUCCAUCUUACACUCGCGACGGUGAACAUGUACUAGAACAGUAUGAAACUAAUAUACAACCUUCAAUUAUAAGAAGUUGCACCUCUAAUUUAUAA